GUCAAUUUUAGACAGCUCUAAUCGAGAUUUCACCCUUCAUAUUGAAUGGAAAUAUAAUCAGCUUAAACAAAGUAUAAAAACAGUGCAAUUGUCAGAGGAAUUAAUUGAAAGGAGAGAGAAAGGCAGAAAGGAGACAUGAAGAGAAAGACAAUAAAAAGAGUUCCAGUACAACUACAACUGCCAGGUUCAGGGGUUCCUUGGAGUAGCAAUAAAGACUUUCUCUUUCCUUCAUUAUCCCUCUUUCUGCUUCAUCCUCCCAACCCAACAGCAGUAUCAGAACUAUGUAAGCAACAAGAGUAAAAAUGAGUACAAUCUUUUUUUAAGAACAAAAGUUGGCAUUCAUUUCUUACCUUAUCUUUUCCAAUCCAAAAAAUGGAAACCAAUCAUAAAUUAUUCUCUCUUUCAAAUAUAAUGAUGGCAAUUAUGGUGUUCAUCAUCAUAAUCAUGGAUCAUAGCAUGGACAUUAUAAUGGUGAAUGCUUCCUGGGAUGAAACAGAGAGUAUGCAAGUUUAUGAUGAAAGAGUAGAAUCUAAGAUCAAAGCAAUGUCUGGGGAUGAUGAUGGUGAAAAGGAUGAUGUAAUGGUGGAAAAGUUCAGGGCUUUACUUGGACUAAGAGCACUUCAUAACAAAAUUAAACCAACAGAAAAUGCGUCACCUGCACCAUCUCCUUCUGCAAUUUUCGUCGAAGCCGAGCCUCUGGCACCAACUCCUGCUCCUGCUCCUGCACCGGUUUUCCAUGCACACUUGUACCAUCAUCAUCAUCAUCAUCAUGAUCAUCAUCAUGAAUUGCCUCGACCUCGACCGAUGCUGCCAAUUCACGAGUUUCAUAAUCAGCACAAAGAACAUGGAAAGAAGAAGAUAAUUCUAGUAUCAGUACUUGUUUCCAUGGGAGUGGUAUUGUUUGUUUUUGCACUUGGGGUGCUAUUAUGGAUUAGCAGGAGAAUGUAUCACAAAAAGAAGGUAGCUACAAGAACAGCAUCUGUAAGUAGUGACCAAGUAAGGAAUAAGGAUAGAUCAAAGAGUUUAACACAAAAUUUGGCAAGCAAGGUAACCCAUGAACUCAACUCUGAUUUGUUUUACAUUGAAACUUUAACAAAUGUUUUAGAACCACAAACAUGUAUGAAUGGAGAUUCUGAUAGUUUAGACAAGUCAAUGACUGGAAAUAUGGGUAGUACAUCGCAUGAAAAGAAGGGAUUUGAUAAUGAAACUACCCGGUUUGAGACAAGAGAGAAUAGUUCUUUGGCAGAAGAGAUAAUUUCGGUUCAUGAGUAUACAGGAUCGAGUAAAUAUGAAUCUGAUGAUCAGAACUCUUUGAAUGGUGAUAAUAUGGAUGGUAUCGAUAAUCAUUCAUCUGAGGAUGAAUCUUUUCAUUCUUUAUGUGAUUCACGCUCGUCUAGUAAUCGUAAUCUUCGACUUUCUAAUGUCUCGGUUGGUAGUUUUAGUGACCCAAUGGAAGUUUACCCCCAAAACCAUAGCUUAUCCUCAAACCCAACUCAAUUUGUAUUAUCCAAGCAUGAAAAAUCUACUCAUAGCAUAGCCAAUGCUCCAGAUUGUCUAAACGACAAUAUGAAGCAAACAAGCCCACCACCACCACCUCCUCCUCCACCACCACCACCGUCGUCUGCACCUGCAUUUGCACACAUUAUUUCACCUUCACCCAAAUCCUUAAAAUUUUCCAAGGUGGAACAAGACACGCCCACAAAAUUAAAGCAUACACCAGAAAAAGGCUCAACCACACCAUCACUAACCCCAAAAAUUCUAGAAGGGCCAAAAAGCAUUCCGCCUCCUCCUUGUCCUCCACCAUUCUUAAAUGGAAAAGCCAGUUCUUCUAAAGCCCCCCCUCCUCCGCCUGGACAACCACCUCUGUAUACACCACUGGGAAAAGAUGGUGCUCCACUCCCAAAAUUGAAACCGCUUCAUUGGGACAAAGUAAGAGCUGCACCAGAUCGAACUAUGGUAUGGGACAAGCUACGGAGUAGUUCAUUUGAAUUGGACGAGGAAAUGAUAGAAUCACUAUUUGGCUACAACCUGCAGACUGUUUUUAAGAAUGAUGAAGGAAGAAGCAAAAGCCCUUCUCCUAGCAAACAUGUCCUUGAACCCAAAAGACUUCAGAACAUCACUAUACUUUCCAAAGCUCUAAAUUCGACAACUGAGAAGGUCUGUGAAGCACUUGUUCAAGGGGACGGUUUAAGCUCACAACAGCUAGAGGCACUGGUAAGGAUGGCACCAACAGAAGAUGAAGAAGCAAAGUUAUCUAAUUUUAAGGGAGAUAUCAAUGAACUAGGAUCAGCAGAGAAGCUUGUCAAAGAGUUGUUGGCAGUACCUUAUGCUUUUCAAAGGAUUGAGGCGAUGCUUUAUAGAGCUACUUUCAAUGAUGAGGUUGUUCACCUAAGGAAUUCAUUUCAAAUGCUUGAGGAAGCCUGCAAGGAACUCAGAUCUAGUAGGCUUUUCUUAAAAUUACUAGAGGCUGUGCUAAAAACAGGAAAUAGAAUGAAUGUUGGAACAAUCAGAGGAGGGGCAAGAGCAUUCAAGCUCGAUGCGCUCCUUAAGCUUGCAGAUGUCAAAGGCACGGAUGGGAAAACCACUUUACUCCAUUUUGUGGUGCAAGAGAUGGUACGAACAGAAGGAGUACGCAUGUCAGACAGCAUUAUGGGGCAGAUAGAUCGCAACUCAAAGGGCAGAACAUUUGAGGAAAAGGAAGACAAUUACAGAAGAAUGGGUCUAGACCUGGUAUCUGGUCUAAGCGCUGAACUUUGCAAUGUAAAAAGAACAGCGUCAAUAGAUUUGGAUGUUCUAGCAACAUCAGUUUCAAAUCUAUCGGAUGGAAUGUCUAAGAUGAAGCAAUUGUUAACCAAGAAUUUGCAUCACAAUGCACCUAAUGACAAUUUUGUCCACGCCAUGAAGAUCUUUUUAAACCAUGCAGAGAACAACUUAAAUGAGUUACAAACAGAGGAAAAUAAGGUCUUGUUUAGUGUGCGAGAAAUCACAGAAUACUAUCAUGGUGAUGUGAGCAAGGAUGAGGCUAACCCACUUCGUAUCUUCGUGAUUGUACGGGAUUUCCUCGGAAUGUUAGAUCAAGUUUGUAGAGAGCUAAAAAGUUUGAAAACCCCAAGAACCCCAAAUCCUUUGUCUCCAUUUCGGUAAAAGAACUGGUUUGCUUGCCUCCAAGAUUUAUAGAUUAUCAACAACAUUAGGUAGGGAUUUUGAGUGCUUAAACAUGAUUUUCUUCCACCAGAUUGUGUAAUGACAUCAAUAACUAAUUUUGACACGAGGUGAAGUGUUUUAAUGGCUAUAACUAGAAAGCAAAGGCAGUUUAACAACAGUGUGAUUACCCCAAAGUGGUCUGUAAUGAAAUUAAUAUUAGUAAGACUUCAAA